AUAAGCUGGUUCUGAUCCGAGAGAAUAAGACGUGGACUGAAGCUCUGAGAUGCUGCAGAAACAUGGACAUGGACCUGGUGUCGGUGGAUUCGGAGCAGAUGCAGCGAUGGGUGAAGAUCUUGUUGAUGAAAGCGAGCGCCUCCUCCGCUCACGUGUGGCUGGGUCUGCGUCACUCCUGCACACUGGGACUCUGGUUCUGGGUCAACGGUCAGACCAUGUGCUACGAUCAGUGGGCUUCUGAUUACGACAUCGAUCUGGACAAAUGCGAUGAGACGGUGAGAUCCGGAGCCAUUCGGACCCGUGAUAAUCACUGGAUCAGCCUUCCUGAAACUGAAGAAAACAACUUCAUCUGCAUCGAGUGA